AUGGAGGGAAUUAACAACCAACACAAGGGCUUGCGGUUUGGAACAAUUAAUUUUAGUGAUUAUCAGGGUGUUGAAGUGUUAGGUUACAAGAAAGCUGAUGUUUUGGGCCAAGAGCUUGAGAAUUCAACUCGGAAGGAUCUUGUUAAUGAAAUUGAGGAUGCCCAAGGAGGUCCUAUGGUGUACAAAGAUGGAGAUCAUUGGAAACAGAACUACCAACUAAGGCACGAGGUGAAUAAUUGCUUCUAUUUUGUGAAUUAUGGUUGGUGCAUGUAUGGAUCCAAUUGCAGAUUUAACCAUCCAUACAAUCAGCUUGCUCAGGGAUGUUUAAAUGAAACUGUGGUGGCUCCCGUUUCUGACUUUAACUUCAGUGGCCUGCCAGUUCGACAAGGAGCGAAAGAAUAUUGCCCUCACUACAGGCAAAAUGGUUCAUGCCAGUAUGGUUUAAACUGUUGGUUUGAUCAUUCGGAACCUUCAUCAUUGGAAGGAGGAUUCCUUCAUUCUGGAUAUACAGGGUUGGAAGAUACUAUGCAAUGCAGCUGGUCAUUUACUGCACCAGUAAACGAAAUUGGUCUGUGCAACCCCUACAUGUAUCAACAGGAACAAAUUAUUCCAUCCUCUGAAUGGAGUGGUAAUCAGGGACCAAACAAAGAAUGGAGCCCAUCAAGUCCUACGACAUUUUCCAUGAAAACUGCUGCAGCUGUUGCCAAGCCCUUUGAGCCGAACCAGGCAAGAUUGCUUACUAUAGGAUCUCCAAAACCAGAAGAGCAGCCUGAAGGAAGUUUGAAUUUUGGCUUUGGAUUUCGUAACCCCAAAGUUUCCUCCUGCAUUUUAAACGACAGAGGCUUGCCUCUAAGAUCUGAUACUGAGGUCUGUGCAUUCUAUGGUGGCUAUGGGGUCUGCAAGGAGGGACCAGCAUGCAGAUUUAACCAUCCAGCGAACCUACCCAAGCAGGUUCCUUGUGCUGGAUCUGAUGAAGCUGAAGUUCUCUCUGCGGGAUCCCCUGAAGCUCAGGCUCCUCCUGCUGGAUCCCAAGAAGCUCACCCACCUCAGCUUUCCCACCCGCCCACUCAAGAUAAAAAUUGA